GGUGAUCGCAUGGGGGAAGGCGAUACCGAACUCGUCCUCGAUAUCCUGCCUCCGGGCUUGGUGGACACUGCUUUUCUGAGACUUCGGGAUGAAGUGGAAUGGAACCACAUGAUGCACCGAGGCGGCGAAGUCCCCCGCCUCGUAGCGGUGCAAGGCGAAGUGUCUUCGGACGGGGACUUCCCGAUCUACCGCCAUCCAGCCGACGAGACACCGCCCUUGCUCCCGUUUACCCCGACGGUCGAGGCGAUCCGCCGACAUGUCGAGAAUGCGUUGAAUCACCCUGUGAAUCAUGUCUUGAUCCAGCACUACCGCACCGGCGCGGACUACAUCUCCGAGCACUCCGACAAGACGAUUGAUGUCGCGCCUGACUCAAAGAUUUUUAACGUCAGCCUUGGUGCCCAGCGCGCCAUGACUCUGCGCACGAAGCGCGACACCGCGCGCGCGGACGACGAAGGCCGUGUUUCCGAGAAGAUCGCGCUGCCGCAUAACUCCAUGUUUGUCAUGGGCCUCGAGACGAACAAGAAGUGGCUGCACUCGGUGCGCACUGACAAGCGUCCCGACAGCACUAAGUCAGCGGAGGAGCGCCUCCAGAACGGCGAGCGCAUCAGCUUGACAUUCCGCCGCAUCGGCACUUUCUUGACCGCGGACCAAAGCAAGAUCUACGGGCAGGGCGCGAAGGGAAAUACGAAAGAAGACGCUAGGCCUGUCAUCAACGGUGGACCUGAAGCGCAGAGGCUGUUAGACGUCUUUGGAUUUGAGAACCAGCAUAGCGACUUUGAUUGGCAGACGGGCUAUGGAGAAGGGUUCGAUGUUCUGCAUUUUACAUCUAAGGACUGAUCAAUUCUGUGGCUUGAGCAGCCAUGGACUCAUGCGUAUCUCAGCGUAGUCUGUCUAUCAUGGUCACGCACCAUUUAGGACUGUUCAGAGUGUACAGAUAUCGAAGGGUAUACGUAGAUAACCCCAACAAUGUCGCG